AUGUCAUGCUUGUGGCUGAGCAUGCACACUCAUAAGCCAGGCCACAGGGGUGUGUCACGCUCGGCGCUUGCUGGGUCCAUACUCGCAGCCGCAGAAAACACCAUCUUCACACUCCCAUUGCAGUGCUUGCGGACGGAAAAAUCCGAAAAUGAUUUCAAAAAUCGUGUUAGCAUUGCCCCGAGCAACCUUGACAAAUUGAAGUGUUCUUGGGAAGAACCUCAUGCUACAUUACUUGAAGAUAGCAAUGACUGGCUAUUUUAUGAGGAGCACCUUCCAGCAAGAACUUAUUAUAUCAGGAAGUUGAGCAAGAGGGAUCAGGCCGCUGCGAGGGAGAAAAUGCGUCAGAAAGCGCAUGGUCUACGUUGUGUGUAUGACAAUCCUAUUGCUCGCAAGUCCAGUCAGCAUGACCCAGAACGCACACUGCAAAUGGCUCGUGUGGAGAUCUAG